UUCCUGGAAUGGGCUGUGGGGGGUGAGCAGGGGGGAGGUUACAGCAGGCAGGGGAGCAGCAGGCAGUUGACUGCCCUGGCACUGCCACCCACAACAGAAGCAGUCGGCUCCAUGGACCACCCAGAGUCGCCGCCAUGGAACCACUCCGGACUGCCUUCCAAUAACACAUCUCCCUGCUCCGAGAGUGCAGACUUCCAGUACAUCCUGUUCCCCGUGGUGUACAGUUUGGUCUUCCUCCUCGGCCUAGCGGGGAAUCUCUUUGUGUUGGGCUACUUCCUCCGGACCAAGUCGGCCACUGCUCCAGCCAAUGUCUUCCUGGUGAACCUGGCCACCCUUGACCUGCUCUUUGUGCUCACCUUGCCCUUCCGCAUCACUUACCACGCCCGUCAUAACGACUGGACCUUUGGCGAAGCCCUCUGCAAAAUCACCGGCUGCCUCUUCUUCGCCAACCUCUACGGCAGCUCCCUCUUCCUGGCCUGCAUCUGCCUCGAGCGCUACGUAGCUGUGGUCCAUCCGCUGAAGCACCUCCAGUUCCGGCAGCUGCGCUACCGCCUGGUGGCUGCUGUGGGGGUGUGGCUGGUUCUCAUUGCAGCCAUCCUGUUCCUAGCCCUCCGUGGGUCCCUGACCAGCCCCUUCGCCGAUGGCCGCACCGCCUGCCUUGAAAACUUCUCUUCCAGUUCCUGGAAGGGGCGCAUCUCGGGCAUCAGUAUCUUUGCUGCCGUGGUUGGCUUUCUGCUGCCUCUUCUUUUGAUCGGUGUCUGCUACCCGCUGAUUGCCUGGCGCCUCCUGGCUUCCCCUGGAUUGCAGGCAAGCUCCCGAGCAGGGAGACGCAAAGCCCUGCGGACGGUGCUGGUGGUCCUUGGGGUUUUCCUGGUCUGCUUUGCACCGUAUCACAUUGUGCAGCUGGUUCACACCUUGGGCCGGGUGGGUGUCCUGGGUGACUGCACGCUCGUCCGUGCCACCUACGUGGCUCGUCGCAUCACUAUGGCGCUGACCAGCCUCAAUGCCUGCCUGGACCCACUGGUUUAUUACUUUGCUGCCGAGCGAUUUGCUCGGCAACCCAACUGGUGGAAGUGUGGCUGUUGUCGACCAGCGAGCCCCCAACGGCCUUUGGGGCUCCCCAGGUUGAUUGCCAGCAAGGCCUCUUCUCCUGGAGAAGCCACAAAGGGUGGCACAGAGCAGUGAGCAGAGAAAAUCUGUCCCUCGGCAGCCGGCAGCCUGUUCACACUGCGUGAGAGGAACCGAGAUACACCACAGUUUCACAGGCGUGAAGUUAGUGCUUGUGCCAGGAACGGACUGGAAAUGGGCAAGCAACGAACACUCAAAGUGGCGCUAACCUGCCUUCAGCUGCUUUGAGGAAGCCCCCCCCCCCCGCAAGGACACAAUGGGUCUCCACCUCUUUCCCCCCUCCCUUCUCAUGGGGGUUGCUUUGCUGAGCCUGCUGGGAAUGAUUUGGGUAGGGAUAGAUGCUGUUUUUCUCAUUCAAACCCCUUUUAAGUAGAGGAGGACAGAAUAGGUGUAGGAGGUUUGAUUCUGGAGCUGUUUGGAGGCCUCACCUUGCAGCCCACCCCCAGACCCCCGUUCGAUGGGAGGAAAAAGACGGUCCUUGGAUGAAGCAGAAGGACUGGAAACCAAACCCUGCUCUUACUCUUUUGGGCUGCCUUCUAAAAUAAAUACUUCACUUUUGUGAGAAAAUCUGCGUAAGGUAAGGGGGAAAAAAAUCAGAAGGAAUAUUAUGAGCUGCUGAUUAACCUGGAAAACGUUACAUAUAAUGUAGCUACAAUUUAUGUGUUUCUGUAUUAUUGCAAUGCAACGUAAAGAACUUCAAGGUUAGGUAUCUUACAGAGCUACAUUAAUGUUAGCUACAUUAUAGAGUCAGCCGCUGAGGCAUAAGGUCAUGGAUAAGCUAGCUGCAAUCCACUGCCGAGGCUCA